AUGGACUUUGAAGCGCUCUUUCCGCCGCUCAUAUCACAGGACAAUGACGACCUGAGCUCCGUUGACAUUAGUGUUGAUGACAUUAUCCUUCUGCCCCUCGAAAAAGCUGUGGACAGCGGUAUUUAUCGCGCUCUGCGGCGCUGGAACGAGGGCGACUCGGCGUUAACGGACCAAGCGCUGCCGUAUGUCGAGCGAGUCAAAAAGUACCAGCGGAUAGCUGCUAUAGCACUGCAGUCAGACGGCGAUUUAAACAGUACGGCAGAAGAUGACGAAGAUGAAGAAGACGAAGAAGAAGACGAAGAGGAGGAGGAAGAGGAGGAGGAAGAGACGGCUGCUGUGGUGGCCAAGCAGAAGGCCGUUGCUGCGGCAUUGAUCCGACAGAAGAGAGAGCGCGAGAGACGGCAGAAAGACGCGAAAGCACAGCGUGUGCGGGUCGACGCCGUGUUUAAGGAACUGGCCGACAUUGACGAGCUGAGGGCCGAGCGCGUGCCGAGUGAGCGGCUGCAGACGUUUGUCGACACGUUCAAGAUCAAGAAGAGACGGGUGGCGCAGAAGCGGUCGAGUGCUGAUACCGUGACGGCGCUGAGCUUUGAGUUUGCACGGCCAGUGCCAGAUGUGCAUGAGCACGAGGAGGACGAGACGGAACCGGCAAAGGAGAAAAACACCGAAGCAAGGGACACGGACGUCGACAGGGACUUGAUUCUGUGGUUUGACGUGCUGCAUCCGAGUAAAGACCCAGCGAAGACGCAGUCGUUCCUCGUGCGACGAUCGCAACGGCUAUCAGAGCUUGUUGACCUUGUUGCAUGUGCGUAUGACGAAAGGCUGGGUGAGCAUGCCAAAGCGUCGAAGCUCUUGUACUUUGGCCAGAAGUUUUUCGUCGAUCGACGGCUGCCAGGAACGCUGGAUUACUCAAAGCAGAUCGUUCGCUGGAUCCAAGCAAAACCGGAGCGCCAGACAAAGUUUGGCACGUUCCCGGAUAAUGACCGAGUGGCUGGUAGCCUUCACACGUCGACCUUUGCGGACUUGCCGCUGCACGUUGACGUGCCUGGGGUGUACAUUCACCAGGGCGAGUGUGAACACUUGGUGCGACUUCGAGAUGCUCGUUUGCCGCAUGAGCUUGACUCGCCAAAGAAGGACGGUAUGUUUCCAAUGCGACUGCCCAAUCCCUUGCACCACGCGCUUCGCAACUGCCUGAUAUGUCAGCACUACAGCGCCAAGUUUGUGUGCUAUGGCGACCGUCUUGCAGUGGUGGACCCGAUGUUCUUUUGCGACCGCUGCUACCGUGCUGCCCACUAUGACGCCAACGGAAAUCUGCUCUAUGACGACUUUUUGAGCUUCCCUUUUGUCCAAGACUAG